AUGGGAGAAAAAGAAUCAAAUGUAACUAACACAAAUAUUACGCUAUGUGCAUAUAACUGUCAAAGCUUUAAAUCGAAUUCAUAUUAUAUUUCUAAGUUGUUAAAGUCUUUCGAUAUUAUUUUUAUAUCAGAACAUUGGCUUUUAAAUAUUGAGAGUUUUUUGUUAAAUAACAUUGCAUUACUAACACACAAAGUUUUUUUUCAUGCGGCAGAAAAAAAUACACACGGUAGACCAUAUGGAGGAAAUGCUUUUAUGGUACGAAAAAAAUUGUCGUCUUUUUACAUAAUACAUGAAGAUGAAAACAUUCUUGCUAUUAAAGGCACACUUAACAAUCGUAACUUAAUUUUUAUUGGUGUUUACCUUUCAUCUUGUCGUAAUAAUAACGAAUCAUACGCAAAAUACUCUUCUCAGUUACAAACAAUCACUUCAAUAAUGAACAACUAUGAGGAUGAAGGAGAAUGUAUUAUUUCCGGAGACUUUCAGUCAUUUCCAUAUAAAAUAUAUGAUUCAGAGCUUCGUAAAAACAAAACUAGGAACAAUUUCUCAAAACAUCUCACUAAUUUUAUUGAAUCAAAUCAGCUCGCUUUUGUCGAGAUAAUCAACGGUGCUGGGCCUACUUAUACCUAUCAACAUAAAACUCUUUCUAAUUCUUCUUACAUUGACCAUAUUGCAUCCUAUAAACAGACAGAACUAUGUUUUACAAACUGUCAAGUUAUGCAAUCUUCACCGCUUAACCUUAGUGAUCACCUUCCGGUGUCUACGAAUAUUAACUUUGAAGGUAACGGCUUAUCACACGAAAUAAAUAAUAUAAUGCAAAAAUAUAAUUCAAUACCAAAACAUGCAUGGAAUAACGAAAGGUUUAUUGACUUUUAUAAUCUCAAUCUAUCAAAAGCAUUUACUAGUUACGCAUUUAAGGAAGAUAAAAUAGAAGAAGAAAUUCAAAAAACAUGCUUAUAUAUAAAAAAUGCAGCUCUCUUGGCAGUUAAACAAUGUUUCGGACAAAAAGAAUUUUAUAAGUACUCGAAACCUUGGUGGACACCUGAGCUUAAAAAAAUUAAAGAUAAUCUCUCCUUUCACUUUAGACAAUGGCAAAAAUCAGGUUAUAAUAAGUCAACAGAAUGUAUAUCCUACAAAAGAUUUAUUUAUUCCCGAAAAAACUUUCGUAAAGCUGUAAAAGCGGCACAUAACAAAAAAAUUCACGAAAAAACUAAAAAUAUAGAACACUUACGCAAUACAAAUCCUCAAAGGUUUUGGGGUAAUAUUCGAAAAAUCAAAAAAAAUACCAACAAUCGACUCUUUACAAUUAAUAAAUUGCAGAACAAAAACGAAAUCGUCGAAGAAUUUAGUCAUCAUUUCCAAAAACUACUUAAUACACCGCAAUAUACAAAUAACGAGUUCAAUCCUCUCCAAAUUCCACAUUUAAGUAAAGAGCCUAAUUCAAAAGUUAUCUCGACAGCUGAUAUUGAAAAAUGUAUUUUAAAGCUUAAAAAUAAUAAAUCUUACGAUUGCUAUGAAAUCAGUGCUGAACAUCUUAAAAACUCUCACAACAAGAAUCUUCUUAUUUUACUUUCGUCGUUUUAUAACAAUAUGUUAACAAAUGGAAAGGUUCCACACGGUUUAUCAACCGCCAAAAUUAUCCCAUUAGUCAAGUCUUAUAAAACAUCACUAGAAAAUCCAAAUAACUAUCGAGGAAUCAGCAUUAUACCAAUUUUUACAAAACUUCUCGAAUAUCUUAUCAUACACAUAUGUCCAGAUAUAACAGAAAGUCAUUCCCAUCAAUUCGGUUUUAAAGAAAACAGCUCUACCCUCUACGCAGAAUUUCUUCUGAGUGAAACAAUAAAGCACUAUAAUCAUAAUAACUCACCGCUAUAUAUAUGCAGUCUAGACGCCAACAAAGCUUUUGACAGUUGUAAUUGGGAAUUACUAUUCGAGAAACUCUAUUACCAGAAAAAAAUCCCAUUAUCUAUAGUUCAUACAAUAUUAUCACUAUAUCAAACAGGAACUUCUAAUAUAUCAUAUCUUGGAUGUACAUCAAACAAAUUUAGGCUGUCUCAGGGAGUGCGUCAAGGAUCCAUACUGUCGCCUCAUCUCUACAAUAUCUACACAGAGAACCUUCUAGAGAAAAUUGUUUCAGAAUCAAAAGUUGGAACUUCAAUAAAUGGUGUAUACACAGGUAUCAUUGCAUAUGCUGAUGAUAUAGUUUUACAAAGUUCCACUAUAUCUGGUCUUCAGAGCCUUAUUAACAUUGUUCAAAAGUAUGGACUAUCGAACUUUAUUAAACUGAAUACAGAAAAAACUGAAUUUCUAAUAUCUGGAAUAAGUUCGAUUUUAAUUAACGUUAUUUAUAUUAACGGUGAUCCUAUCAAGCCUCAAAACAAUCUAAAACAUCUUGGUCUUAUAAGAAAUGGACUUCGCUUUUGCCAGCCUGCUACCAUAGUUCAUUUAUUUAAUUCUUUAGCUGUUCCAACGUUGUUAUACGGAUUAGAACUGUGUGGAAGCAGCAAUAAGUUUCUAAAUAGCAUUGAUAUAGCUGGACGAUCUGUCUUAAAAUCCUUCUUUAAUAUUUCAAAGCAAAGUAGAAAUUAUCUACAUUCUUAUUUCAAAGUAGACGCUGUGUCAGACAUUCUUUUUCGCAACAAGUUAAAUCUAUUUAUCAGGCUUUUAAACAACCCCAUAUGUUACUCGAUUAUACGGACUCAGAUGCCUUUAAUGAAUCAACGAUCAUUUGUGGGUGAGGUAAUGAUAAUGUGUAAGAAAGCUGAUAUAAACAUGCUCCAAUUUAUGAUCGAGGGUAAGAAAAUUAUAAUUGCACGCCCUCAGGAAGCAUUGGAGGCCAAUGUUGCGGCGAUCUUAAAACAAUCGUUCCAACACUGGAAUUUAAAGGAACAAAGAGAAGUAUUUAGAACGCUGAUGGAGGAAAACAUUCCAAGAACGAUGCAAGAAAAUACUUAA